GGCGGGAUAAAACCCAGCAUGUGUGAGGGGACGGGGGCAUUGUGAGACAUGGAGAGCAUACGGCCUGCCGCUCCACUUUGGAGCAUCUUCCUGCUACUUGCCUUCUGCCAAACUACGCUGCAAGGAGGGGUUCCUGCUGGAGGUCAGUUUUUACCAGGUGGAGGUGCAGGGGUAUAUCCUGGAGGAGCUGGUGUGGGACCUGGAGGAAUCGGAGGAGCAGGGUUAUAUCCUGGAGGAAAACCCCCCAAGCCAGGUGUUGGUGGCGUAGGAACAGGUGGCUUUGGACCUGGGGGUACUGGAGGUGUUGGAGCUGGAGGAUAUGGACCUGGUGGUUAUGGAGCUGGUGCUUAUGGAGCUGGUGGUUAUGGAGCUGGUGGUUAUGGAGCUGGUGGUUAUGGAGCUGGUGGUUAUGGAGCUGGUGGACAAGGUGCUGGAGGCAAGCCACCAAAACCAGGUGUGGGCGGCAUUGGAGCUGGAGGCAUCGGAGGUGCUGGAGCUGGUGGAUAUGGACCUGGUGGACUUGGAGCAGGUGGGCUAGGAGUUGGUGGAUUAGGAGCUGGUGGACUAGGUGCUGGAGGCAAGCCACCAAAACCAGGUUAUGGGCCAGGAGCGGGAGUUGGUGUCGGUGGACUUGGUGCUCCAGGGGCUCAGCCAGUAGAAACAGAGCCAUCAAACUGUAAAGGAGUUGGCGGUGGAGUUGGUGGUGUUGGUGGCAUUGGUGCUGGGCUGCUACCAGGUGGUGUCCAACCAGGUGCUGGUGCUAAACCAGGAAAAGGACCAGGUGCAGGGAUCCCUGGCUUGUACCCUGGGGGAGUGGUACAAGGAGGUGCAGGGGGAGUACCUGGCGCAUAUCCAGGUGGUAUAAUCCCAGGCGCUGGCAUUGUUCCUGGUGUUACUGCAGGGGCUGUAGUACCCCCAGGGGGAGUUCAACCAGGUGCUGGAGCAAAGCCAGGAAAACUUCCAGGUGCUGGAAUUCCUGGGGCAUUCCCAGGAGGAGUGUUGCCCGGAACAGGUGUACGAUAUCCAGGGGUUGGUGUUCUCCCUGGAGUGGCCACUGGGAAUGGUGUCAAACAGAAGCCACAAGGUGCUGGUGGUGCUUUAGGUGGAAUCCCAGGUUUUGGUGGUUUUGGUGGACAGCAGCCUGGUGUACCUUUAGGAUAUCCUAUUAAAGCCCCCAAACUACCAGGUGGAUACGGGCUUCCAUACACGUCAGGAGUACCUGGAGGUUUUGGUGGUCCCGCUGGAGUUGGUGCUGGCGGCAAGGCGGGAUACCCUACAGGAACUGGAGUUGGAGCUCAAGCUGCCGCAGCUGCUAAAGCCGCAAAAUAUGCAGCUGCUGGAGCUGUGCCAGGAGGCAUCCCUGGAGCUAUUCCUGGCGUCGUACCUGGUCUUUAUCCUGGAGUUGGUGGCGUAUUGCCAGGUGGUGGAGCAGUACCAGGAGCAGGAAUACCUCAAUAUGGAGUUCAGCCUGGCGGGAAACCCCCAAAAUAUGGUGUACCUGGAGUUGGUGGUGUUCCUGGUGUAGGCGGCGUGGCCGGAGUAGGAGGAGUUCCGGGAGUUGGAGGUCUUCCUGCAGGAGUUGGUGGCUAUGGUGCUGGUGGGCUGCCCGCUGGAGUUGGUGCUGGCACCGGAGGAGUGCCAGGGGCAGGGUUUUAUCCAGGUGCAGGAGGCAAACCUCCCAAACCAGGUUAUGGAACUGGAGGAGUAUUACCUGGUGGUGGACUAGUGGCUGGUGGUGGACUAGUGCCUGGAGGUGGACUAGUUCCUGGUGCUGGACCUGGGGGCAUAGGAGCUGGAGGCCUGUACCCAGGAGCUGGUGCAGGAGGGAAACCACCAAAACCAGGUUAUGGUGCUGGUGCUGGACUUGGUAGUCUUGGAACUGGUGCUGGUGUUGGGGGACUAGUGCCUGGAGCUGGAAUAGGAGGUGGACUAGUUCCUGGUGCUGGACCUGGGGGCAUAGGAGCUGGAGGCCUGUACCCAGGAGCUGGUGCAGGAGGGAAACCACCAAAACCAGGUUAUGGUGCUGGUGCUGGACUUGGUAGUCUUGGAACUGGUGCUGGUGUUGGAGGACUAGUGCCUGGAGCUGGAAUAGGAGGUGGACUAGUUCCUGGUGCUGGACCUGGGGGCAUAGGAGCUGGAGGCCUGUACCCAGGAGCUGGUGCAGGAGGGAAACCACCAAAACCAGGUUAUGGUGCUGGUGCUGGACUUGGUAGUCUUGGAACUGGUGCUGGUGUUGGGGGACUAGUGCCUGGAGCUGGAAUAGGAGGUGGACUAGUUCCUGGUGCUGGACCUGGGGGCAUAGGAGCUGGAGGCCUGUACCCAGGAGCUGGUGCAGGAGGGAAACCACCAAAACCAGGUUAUGGUGCUGGUGCUGGACUUGGUAGUCUUGGAACUGGUGCUGGUGUUGGGGGACAAGGUGCUGGUGGACUAGGUGCUGGACUUGGAGCUGGUGUUGGUGGUCAAGGUGGUGGUGCAGGAGGUUUUCCUGGAGCUGGAGUUGGCGCUGGAGGCAAACCACCUAAACCAGGUUAUGGACCUGGGGCUGGAUUAUUAGGUGGAGGAGGUUUUGGACCUGGUGCUGGCUUUGGACCUGGUGCUGGCUUUGGACCUGGUGCUGGAUUUGGACCUGGUGGCAUAGGCGGUGCAGGUCAGUACCCAGGAGCUGGAGGCAAGCCACCCAAGCCAGGUUAUGGUGGUGGCCUUGUAUCUGGAGGAGCAGGAGGAGUUGGUGCUGGCUUUGGCCCUGGUGCUGGCUUUGGCCCUGGUGCUGGCUUUGGUCCUGGUGCUGGAACUGGUUUCGGUCCUGGAGGCAUAGGAGCUGGAGGUCAGUAUCCAGGAGCCGGAGGCAAACCACCUAAACCAGGCUAUGGAGCUGGAGGUGGAGGUGGAUAUGGGCAAGGCGGACUAGCAGGAGCUGGCCUUGGAGGUGCUGGAGCUGGAGGAUACCCAUUAGGAGCUCAAAAGCCUGCAAAAUCCUACUACCGAGGUGGCGGACUGUGCGGCCAAGGGAAAUACUGCGGCAGGCGGAGAAAAUAAACAGUCGGAGAGCUACGAUUAACCUCAUCAACUAUGGUGCUACUGCAUGGUGUGAAUGUAAAAGGAUUCAAGUAUCCCCCUCUGUUCUCCUUUCCCUCAGUUACCCCCAUAAUCCUUUUCUCUGGCCUUCCAGACGUCCAUCUGUUAACAGAGUCAGGGAGCUACACUUUCUAAGAUGAGCCUGCAGUCUGACUAUUCCGUCAGGCACAUGUGCACACACUGAUGCUGUAUAAAUACGUCUGUACUGUGUAUAUGUGUGCAUGCCCAAAGAGAUCAGAGUCUACGUCUACAAAUGCACAUGAAGAAACCUACCGAGCUGUGCAGACUUGCAUACAGUACACUCAGACAUUCACAAGUAUGGACAUACAUGCACUAUAUAUAAAUGUAAAAAAAAAAACACAGCUUACACAUCAUCUAUAGUCAGGAGCUGGUUGGCAUUCAUCUGGGCCAUCAUAAGGAACCAAUUGUCCACUAUUUGGCUUGGUGUAAAAACUUACAGAACCCUUUUGUGAAUGAAAGCUCAAUACAUGAUGGCACCAUGACUGACCUGAUAGGGCCUCAUCUCCAAAAGAUAAAGCAAUGGCACCAUUAGCAACCAACCAAGUGUCUUACAGAUGUGUCCUUCCUUAUCUUUUCUCUUGGCUCAAUACAUACCAUGAUGUGUCACGCAAGAUGACCGGCUUUUCACAUGACCUAGCGAUAUUGUGCCAUAAGAUAUCUAUCCUAUAUUGGUCUAUGUGCGGCCACCCAGUGGAAGUGAUGUGAAUUGUAGUCUGUCAAAGGUUUUGUUAGCAUGCUGCAAUAAUGUAUUGAAUUUAUUUAACAAGACUGGGGUCCCUUACUACUGUAAACUGGAGCUAAGAUAAGGGUGGACACAUCUGUAUUUCAAUUUUGAAAAUGUGUCUCGGAAACAUCAGAGCUGAUUGCUUUUCUUUUUGUCCAUAUAAGUUUUUGUACAUGAGGCCUUGAGUUUUUGCUCGCAUUUUUUUCCAUCUGAUGUACCGCUGGAUGUUUUUGAAGCACUGUUGACAUAAAGUGGACAAUUGAGGGCUAUUGGUGGCCUUGUCUUUGGGCCAGUAAUUAGGAAUUACCCCCCCCCCCCCACCCAUCACCAUGCAAGAGAAAUAAAAGGCCAUUCAGCCCCUGCCCCUCGCUCCUGUCUCUCACACCAUGGCCCCAGUAGGUUAUUGUUGUUGUUGUAACUUAUACUUGGAACUGACUCUGUUGUAAUGCAAUUGGCCAGCGACUGUAUGGAAUAUGUUUUAUUUUUUAGUAUUUGUAUUAUUAAAGUGUGUGACUUCUCCCUCCUCGAGGGCGGAGCGUGACAGAGGAGUCCAAAAGCAUCAUCCUUUUUUAAAUACAGAAAUCGAAAAAAUAUAUUUCUUUCUUUAUUAUUUACCACAAAAUGCAGAGCCUUGCUGUUUUUUGUUGUUGAUUUUUUUAUGUUUUGGUUUUACUUAUGCGCCAUUUUUCUGCAGGACCCUUGAAAGAGGAAGGUAUUGACUAUUACUGUGAGGGCUUAUUGAAGUGUAAACUGCUCUGGAAUAAGGGAGAGUGACAAAUGUCAUGAGAGGAGGGGACAAGAGCUGAUAUAUAUAUGUAAUUAUUGUUGUUUUUAUAUUACACGUUGCUGCCAAAGACAUUUGUAACAUAUUUAAACAUUCUGGCAUUGAAGGAGUUAAACAUAAAAAGCUGUGAGAUUUUAGGUAGAGUGAGCCCCUUCUCUCUGCCUUCCCUCUGGAUACCAUUAUGCUGCAGAAUGAUCUUGACUUUCCCACCCAGCUGUGUCUGGUUGUGAGGGGUGCGUUUUUAUGUGUAAAUGCUUUAGUUUACUGACCACCCCUUCAUCUUCCUCUUCUCAAUGUAUUCCCUCUCAUACCGCCUCCAAAGGAAAAAAAAAAACUGAACACUUUUUUUUGUAAAAAUAAUACUGAAAAAAGUUAUUAAAAGUAAUUGCUUAAAAUAAAGAAUAAAGAAAACUUUUUAAAUGAGA